GACUGUUAGUAACCCUUUCCUCCGCUUAAAUUAGUAUGUAGAAUUAAAUACCGGUACAUCCAAUUUAGAAAGAAUGGGAGCAUUCAAGCGAAACCCCUGCUCUUCACCUUCCCUUGAAUUGCAAAGAGGCUCUAGUUCAGGCUCUUGUUCUUUUUUUCACAAGCCAUAAAAACAACUGAAAAAUAAAUAAUUCAUUAAUAUUAUUCAAUGUAUAUUAUCAAGUAAAAUUAAGGAAUAGAUUAUUUGAAAUUGAAACAGAACUUUCUUAACUCAUAUAGAUAUGUGAAAAUGUCUUGUCCCGGAGCGGGGAAUUUCCCAUCCCUUUUACGCCUUUAUAGAAAAAGUUUAAAAUAUCUAAAUGUUAUAAACAGUUUUGAUAUAAAUAACUGUACCAUUUACUCUGACAUCGUGUUUUAAAAUAAUAAAGACUUGCGAUAUGAAUCUAAAACAUUUUAUAUGGUUUGUUUAGAUGAUGUACAAAUACCGUUAUUAUGAUGUGAAUAGAAACAAUCUACGGAACUUUAAUAACGAACAGUUAUAAGAUAACAUUUAUUUGAAAAUAAUUAUUUAUCUGCAAGUAAAGAUGUAUCUUAUCCAUUGCAAAGUCAUUUUGACCACUACAUCUGAACUUUUAUUCAUUGACUCGGAGUACAUAAAUGCGCGAUUUGAUGUUUCGAUCGAGAAUUUACUCCAACGGAGCCGGUGGAAAGUUGCAUCAUAUUGCUGAGAGAGACCUCGAACUCAUAAAUUCAGAUUGCGAACAGAUGUCUUUGGCGGAUAUUAUCACUAUUCUAAAACAGUUAGAGACUUUAACCUAGCCGCCCCAAUUGCUGAAAACAGAGAUUUGUUGAAAAGAAUAGAGCCCAAAUUACAAAAGCUGAGUUGGUCGAGGAUUAGCCAACUAACACCGCACACCUGGUGGGCUAGUGGCAGGACUGAACGAUAGAGGGAUAGAAGAAGGUGCAUUAAAAUGAAAUUCAAAGUCACUAUAUAGUGGAUGUUACUCAAUAAGAUAUGAUUUUUAUAAGAAGAGAAAAGGGAUAUUCAGAAUGCAGAUUCCAUUACACAUUUUAUGAAAUAUGUGAUUAUUUGAAGUGUUCAUAAAUAUAAACACAGAAAAAAGCUUAUAGAGCCAGAUCAUCGAAUGUGGAGAGAAUAACAUAAUCUUUUCUUUUUCUGACUUUCAUCACCAGCUUUUAAAAAUGGAAAACAAAGGACAACUCGGUAGGCUGAAGUGGUGACCUAAAUAAUGGAUGAUCUCAAUUUUCUGGACCCUUACCUGGGUCUCCAGCUGCUGGACCUGAAUGGGUCUUUUGUGAACUUCAGUUUAUCAAGCUUGAACCUCUCAGUUAGGGAUGUUAUAAACGAUGACUCGAUGUACGAGAGGAAUCUUCUAAUGUAUUAUUUAAUGGGGAUUUGUGGAAUGGCCGUUUGCUCGUUCGGUAUUAUCGGGAACAUUUUAUCAAUUAUCGUGCUAUCCAGGGGAUGUAUGAAGAGUUCUACCUACUCCUAUUUAACUGCUUUAUCCAUAAGUGAUCUACUAUUUCUAAUUCUUACCAUGUUUAUUUUAUCACGUGACUCUGAGAAACCACAUCAGGAAAUAACCUGGGGUAAACCAUUCUACAUCAAGCUCUUUCCAUACAUUCACCCUGCCGCCAUUACAUUUCAAGUGACGUCAAUAUGGCUUACGUGUGCUUUCACUCUUGAUAGAUACGUCAUGAUCUGCCACCCCUUUAAGGCAGAGCGUUGGUGCAAAAUUUCCACUGCCAGAAAGACUAUUGUGGGUGUAUUCUUGGCAGGAUUAGUAUUCAAUAUUAUUCGUUUUUUCGAAUACGAAACUUCUGAAAUAGUUGUCGAAACAAACAGUACGGAGCCACGACAGCUCGUAAUUAAACUAACAGACUUGGGAAAUAGUGAGGAGUUUCGAGAAAUUGUGCACUCGUGGUUGUAUCUUACUUGUGUGGCGGGUAUUCCGUUUCUGUCUCUUUUAGUUUUAAAUGUCUUCCUCAUCCAUGCUGUUCACGAGUCGAGGAAGAAAGGGAAGCUUAUUAACGCCAAAGAGAGGCGGCGGAAUGACACGACGAUCAUGUUAAUCGGUGUAGUGGUCAUCUUUCUUAUUUGUCAGGGGCCUGCUCUUAUUUCCCGUAUGAUAUGGGCCUUUGACUAUCAGAAGGCAUUCGUGUCAGCGCCCUGGUAUACCUUCAAUGAAGUCUCAAAUUUUCUUGUGAUUCUAAAUUCAGCUAUAAACAUCGUCCCAUAUUAUUUCUUCGGUAAGCGUUUUCGGAAUCAAUUCUGGAAGAUUUUCUGUAAGUGUUUUUUCACGAAGGAAGAAAUGACAAGAUUAUCAAGGAAAUUAAGUGCUACCAUGCACGAACGCCAGCACAGUUUAGUGAAUCAGCACGAGAUUAACGAGGAAAAUCAACUACACGUGUUUAUGAAUUCUAAAGCUUUCAAGAAAUUUUCCCAAAAAUACAGGUCGGUUCCGAGGGAUGACGAACCGUAUGAUACUCAGGACAAUUUAGCUGGACAGGAAACGAAAAAUAAAUGUGAACAAAAUGGACACCCCGUUUUACGGGUUAACUUUGAACCCAAUGGGAACUGUAAAGCUCAAGUGGAAACCUGCGACACGUGCCAAUCAAACGCCUUAUGAUCCUUAUUGUUUCAUUCGUUUUACUUAGAAAGUUUAUGAUUCGUUAUUCUUUGAAAUAAUAUGAGGAUAUUAUUUAUUUUUAAAUACCAUUUUGAGAUUCGCAUUAAUAUAUGUUACAUGUAUUUUGUUUACUUUUUAGAUUCAUACCAAAUGAACGCCAUUUGUUCUCUUGCUCAUCAGAGAAAUGAUCAUUUAAUUGUACCUUUGGAUCCAGUUUCAUUCUACGAAUAAACUGUUGUUAUUUUAAUGGAAGUAAAAUGAUUAUUUACAUUUAAAUGUUUUUUUUUCUUUACCGUAAUUUAAGAAUGACAUAUGUGUUUAUGGAGUCAUGAUUUCUUAUUUUAAUAUCGAGAUAUCUGAAAUUUUGAAAUCUUGCAGAGCAUUAUGGGUAGAUUGUUUUA